AUGUACCAAGAUGAAUAUCAAGUAUACGAGCUCUUAGAUCGUUGGAAUUCAUUGGGUCCUCCGAAACCAGAUGGGGUGUCCACCUUCUUUGCGCAAAAUCCUUCAGCUGCCAAACGCGUCUUUGCGCACGGUCAAACCCUUCUUCACAAAUGUUUGCAGCACUACUCCAACCACACGGAUCUUGUCGAGAUUUUUAUUGAAUCCUUUCCCGAAUCUCUUUGUAUGGAAGAUACGGAAGGUUACAUGCCAAUUCAUCGGGCGCUGACCGCGGAAAAGAAACCUGAUUUGCAUCUUGUCAAGCUGCUGAUACUGAAAGCACCAGAAACCAUACUGGACUCUACCAAAGCUGGGGAAUUCCCAUUACACCUUGCUUCUCGAAACUGCGAUGCAAGUGUAGUGAAGUUUCUGCUGGAAAGUUUUCCAGAUGUCGUGCAAUAUCGAGAUGGUGACAACAAAUUUCCAGUCGAUCAUGCACUCGAACAACACGAUGUGGACUUGGAAGUUGUAAAUCUUCUCUUGGAAAAACAUUCCGUUUCAUUGACGCUUCUAGACGAUACUGGUCACUUACCCUUACAUCGGCUAUUGAAACGAAACAAUCGGCGCCUUGACGCAGUCGUAAAUGCAUUGACAGAAUGGUGUCCUGUAGCACUGAGGUUUCAAGAUUCGUAUGGACAAACACCACUACUACAAGCUUGCUCACAAAACAACACUCUUUCACAAAUAUAUAGCCUUGUUCGAAGUUGGCCAGAACAAGUGACGACACAAGCUACUGUAAACUUCUACGAAACAGACUUCAAUCGAGAGCUCUUGCCCUCGGCUCUGAUAUCCAAAUCUGCAGUCUUGGAUCGAGUUUCACAGUGGAUUGAAGUUCGUCCAGACGUCCUUCUCGCUCCUGAUAGUCAAGGACGUCUUCCCCUGCAUUAUGCAGUGGUUUCGCAGUCCCGAGAGGCCGCUCGGAUUGUCCAACUGUUCCUAGACGAAGCACCAGCAUCAGCAUCGACUGAAGAUGAAUAUGGCAGACUACCAUUGCAUUAUGCGGCUGCAACACCGGGCUGCAAAGGGAGUUUGGUGAACGCAUUGAUUGAUUCAUAUCCAAAGGGUCUAGAACAUGCUGAUCAAACUGGACGUCUUCCAUGGCACUAUGCCGAAUGUGCCAGAAAUGAUGGUUUCUUUGAUCGAACAUUGGAGCUCUAUCCAACUAUGGAUACGGAUUUAGAUUAUGUACCCGAUGAAAUUCGAUGGGAUAUUAUGCAGGUGAUACCGGAUAACAUGUAUUAA